AUGAGUUCCUAUUUCGUCAACUCAACUUUUCCUGUCUCUCUACCCGGGGGACAGGAGUCUUUCUUGGGUCAGAUACCGCUGUAUUCCUCUGGAUAUUCAGACCCUUUAAGACACUAUCCAAGCGCUACGUUCGGAGCUACCAAUGUCCAGGAUAAGGUUUAUACCUCAUCGUACUACCAGCAAGCUGGAGGCGUGUUUGGGAGAAGCGGGUCCACCAGUGCUUGUGACUACACAACAUCCAAUAUUUACCGAACCGCUGACCGCUCGUGUGCACUCGGAAGUCUGGAAGACUCGCUGGUGCUAACCCAGGACCAGUGCAAGACGGACUGCACUGAACAGGGCACAGAGAGAUAUUUUAACAGUGAAGACAAACCGGGCACUCCAGUUUACCCGUGGAUGCAGAGGAUGAACUCGUGUAACGGAAUGCCUGGCAGCACUGGCCGCAGGGGUCGUCAAACCUACACUCGGUUUCAGACUCUCGAACUGGAAAAGGAAUUUCAUUUUAACAGAUAUUUGACCAGAAGGCGAAGAAUUGAGAUAUCACACGCACUGUGUUUGACGGAGCGACAGAUCAAGAUAUGGUUCCAAAACCGUAGAAUGAAAUGGAAAAAGGAGAAUAAAGUUAUAAACUCUACAAAGGUCAGCGAAGAGGAGGAUGGUGGAAAGGCGGGAUAAAUGUUAAAAACAGUCUCAUAAAAGCACUGUACAUAACAUGUAGCCUGCAGUUAUAAUUAACAUGUACUGGUCUGCCCAACAUUAAAAAAACGACCUAUUAUAUCUUAUGUUGACAUAAAAAGCCUCAAAAGAGACAUUCUUUUUAUAAAAUCACGGUUUUGUGGUAUUAAACCAGGCGUCUUCAGAAAUGACGGUAAAGAGAUCCCAUCUCACCACUACUGUAUAUUUUUGGGCAUUUGGAUUUUCUAUAAUAAACUAAUAAGAGAAAUGUUGUCUCGCUGUUUGAACAUUGUAUAUAAUUUUAAGAAUCACCAGUUCAUGUUUAACAUUGGAUUAAAGGCUCACACUGAAUAUGUAUUUUGGUCCACGUGUUGUGCAAAAAAAAAAAG